AUGAGUCCGCCUAAGGAGUCGUAUUGGACGACUCACCUAUCCCACCUCACAUUCCUUUUUCACUCUCGCUCACUCUGUUGGAUGGCUUCCGCUCUCGCCCUCUCUGCACGCCUCAUUCGUGUGCGACCAGAUGCCCUCGUCGCAUGGGUCGCACAGUCCGACGCCCGCGCGUAUGCGACGGAUCGCUUCAUUUUCAACAAGACUACCGAAGGAAUCGCACUUGACGACAAGCAGGACUGGCACGUGCUGGGCGGCAGCCAGACCACGAACCAAUCCACGGGCGACACGUGGACUACCGUGCACGUGUGGCGCCAGCUGGACACGGGCGAUUGCAACGACCGCCCGAUUGUUCCUGGGAAGCUUCACAACAUCAUCUGGGCGAUGGGCGCCACGACUGACGUCAGCUAUCACAGCUCCGACCGCGGUUCUUCCGCCCUCGUGCUCGCGUCUGCUCCCGGCCCCUCCAUCAUCGCGCCCGCGCCUCCCCCCUCCCCCUCCGCGUCCGCCUCCGCGUCCGCUGCGUCUGAUUCUCUUGAAGCGGUUGGGCGGUUGGCUGCGCAGCAGCAGGCAGGGAAGCAGCCGGCGCAGCAGGCGCAGCAGCAGCAGGAGAGCAUGCUCAAUUUCACGUUCACGAAUUACCGUUUGCCAACGGACUUCACGACCUAUCGCUGCAAGGUGGUGGACGUUGCUCUCAAGACCAAGACUCAUGCGGUUGAGUGGGGUGCCGUGCUCAACUCUACCGACAUCUCAGCCGUCCAUCAUGCCAUCAUCUACGGCUGCAAACCCAAGGAGUACGGCAAUCUCAAGGGCGCAGGGGCCACCUUUGACUGCCUGCACGACACGCCAUGCGCCACCACUGUCGCCGUGUGGGCUGUGGGCGGCAGACCCUUCACCUUCCCGCCCAAUGUCGGCUACCCCAUCGGCCCCGGCUACUUCACCAAGUUCGUGCUGCAGGUGCAUUUCACCAAUCCCAAGGGCCGCGCAGAUCUGAUUGACAACUCGGGGAUAUACCUGAAACUCGCCCCAUCUCUCCGUUCCAUGGACGCGUCCAUCAUGCUCACGGGGCCUGUCUCAUACGAGUACCUGAUCAGAAUCCCCCCCGCCAUGCCCUCGUGGACGCAAGUCAGCACGUGCCCGGGCGAGUGCACUGCCAAGGUGUUCGGGAAUGAGAGCGUGAAGAUCAUUGGGUCGUUCCUGCACCUGCACACGCUGGGGCGACAGUUAUACACGGAUGUGUUCAGAAAAGGCAGCAAAGUCGCCACCAUCAGCCGUCAGGACUACUACGACUUUGCAUCACAGCAGACAAUCCCGUUCACGCCCGAGUUUGAGCUGCUGCCAGGGGAUGAGCUGCGCACCUCCUGUGUCUGGGACUCCUCUGACCGCACCAACGUGACGGUGGGAGGGCCGUCAACGGAGGAGGAGAUGUGCAUUGACUACCUCAUCUACUACCCUGCACGCCAGGGCCAAGAGAUGGACGCAUGCUACGACUUCUGUGCGUCGUACGACAAUGAAACACUCGGGUUGAACCCCAACAGCCCUACGCUCUCCAAGUUCUACGUGUGUGGGCCCAACUUCAUCCCCACAUACCAGCCCUGCAAGAUCACAUUUGGCUCCAACACGCCCAAGAAAGUCGUCAACGGCUGCCCUGCCGAGAACCAUGCAUCACUGGAAGAUAUCCCCUCGGACACUAUCUCCGCACCGCUCUCUGCCACCGCCCCACCUGCACCCACUGCUGCCCUCCCUCCUCCAACCGCCACUGCUGCUGCAUCACCCCCGAGCAAUAGCAUGUACACCCGCUCAUCCCCAUCCACCGCCAGCUCAUCCCCACCCACUGCCAGUGAUGGCUGUGGCUUGGCUCUGCGCUGUCCUUGCCCCUGGUACUCUAAGCAUAUCACCCAUUCACUGCCGACGCUGCCGACAUAG